CCUCUCCCACGGUUGAGUCCCUCAUUUCUGUGCGUGCGAGAGAGAGGGGAUCAAGCUAUGUUGGGCGUAUUUAGCAGCUCGAUUGUGUCGCCGCCGGACGAGCUGGUGGCCGCCGGAAGCCGGACUCCAUCGCCGAAGACCAAGGCGACGGCUCUGGUGAACCGCUUCCUUGACUGUAACCCCUCUGCGGUGUCCCUCCAGUUCGGAGACCAUGUCCACUUGGCCUAUACUCACCACAACCAGUCGCCUUUACAGCCCAGAUCAUUUGCAGUGAAGGAUGAGAUAUUCUGCUUGUUUGAAGGGGCACUCGAUAACUUGGGGAGCCUGAAGCAGCAGUAUGGGCUAGGCAAGUCUGCAAAUGAGGUAGUUCUGGUCAUUGAGGCUUACAAGGCCCUUCGAGACAGAGCCCCCUAUCCACCCAGCCAUGUUGUGGGUCACCUCGACGGCAGCUUUGCUUUCGUUGUCUUUGACAAGUCCACCUCCACCUUAUUUGUGGCCACUGAUCAAUUUGGUAAGGUUCCUCUGUAUUGGGGAAUCACUGCUGAUGGGUACGUAGCCUUUGCCAAUGAUGCUGAGUUGCUUAAAGGUGCUUGUGGCAAGUCACUUGCUUCUUUCCCUCAAGGAUGCUUCUACUCUACAGCAGUUGGAGAGCUAAAAAGCUAUGAGUACCCCAAGAACAGGGUCACCGCCGUCCCAGCACAGGAGGAGGAAAUCUGGGGCGCAAAAUUCAUGGUGGAAGGGUCCGCAGUUCUUGCAGCCACAAAGUAGAAGAUCGUCCUUCUCCACAAACUUGUAACCUUGUAUCUCCAUCUUCAAGUGAAUUAAGGGUGUCGAGCGACUGUUGGUUAGAUGGGACAAGUGGAAGAGCAGAAGCCUGUGUCAUAUUCGUCUUGCUAGGAAUGCCUUUUAUAUUUAUAUAUAUAUAUAUAGAGUGAGAGAGUGCUGUAGGAUUGCGUGUUUUCCUUUCUUGGGUUAGGUUUCAGUUUGGAUAAGCUCUUUGUUGAGUUUCUUCUGUUGCUUUCUCCCUCGUUGUACAGCGACGCCCUCUAUCUUGAUUUAAUAAAACUUUUGGAUAGAUAUUCAA